GGCGGCAGCAGCAUCAAAGAGCCCCGAUUCUUGCCGCCCUGGGAGCCAUGCGCUGCUGUCUGUAAUGUCAGCGGAACAGGAGAAGGACCCCAUCGCGCUGAAGAGAUCCCGAGGUGGUGACAGUGGAUUGGAUGGGUUAGGAGGACCAGGAGUUCAGCUUGGAAGCCCUGAUAAAAAAAAGCGCAAAGCAAAUACACAGGGGUCGUCAUUUCCUCCUCCAUCUGAAUAUGCUCCACCACCGAACCCAAGCUCUGACCACCUUGUAGCUGCAAAUCCAUUUGAUGACAACUAUAAUACUGUGUCUUAUAAACCACUUCCUUCAGGAAAUCCAUAUUUUAGUAAUCCUGGUUAUCCUGGCUUUGGAGGCUAUAACACUUUCAGAAUGCCACCUCACAUGCUGCCCAGAGUGUCCUCACCAUAUGGUGGUUCUUACUCCCUCAGAAACCAACCACAUCCUCUUCCCCAAAACCCUGUUGGCAUGGGUUUUAGUCGACCCCACUCUUUCAGCUUUGGUCCACAUGAUAACCCAGGUUUUGGGAAUCAACCACCUUAUGGCAGUGGUCAGAUAAAUCAAAAUGUCAAUAUGUCUGCUCAGCAUUUCAGACCAAAUCCUGGGGAGAACUUUGGCCAUUCGGGUCAGAUACCUCACCCUGAUGUGCCAACUAACUUUGGUCCCGGAAAUAAUCCAAAUUUUCCAAAUUCUCAGCUAGAGUCAAACCAUUCUUUUGUUCCUCCACCAAACACGUACAACCAGACAAAAUCAUCAGCACAAAAACAAGACUUUAGUCAAGGUGCAAGCAAAGCAUCCAGCCAGAACACUGCUGCUCAUCAGCAUCAUCACAGGACAGAGGACGUUGUGAGUCAAGGUAACAGUGACCUGAAAAAUGUUACUCGAAACAACGUGGUAAAUCAGGAUAACAGCCAUUCCAGCAGUGCUGAGAACACCAAUGCUGGCCACUCAAAUGGGACUCAGAGCAAGGCCCGCCAGCCUCGAGGUACUGCUGAAGGAUGCAACUCUGAAAAGAGCAGCAAAACACCCCUCCAUCCCAGUCGUCACGGACACUCGUCCUCUGAACCCGUCUACCCUUGUGGGAUUUGUACCCAUGAAGUCAAUGAUGACCAGGAUGCCAUCCUGUGUGAGGCCUCUUGUCAGAAAUGGUUCCACCGGAUCUGUACGGGCAUGACAGAGUCGGCGUAUGGCCUGCUCACGGCAGAGGCAUCGGCAGUGUGGGGCUGUGACACUUGCAUGGCUGACAAGGAUGUGCAGUUAAUGCGCACCAGGGAGACUGCAGGACCACCUGCACUGAACACAGAAGGCUGACAGCCUGAAUGGGUGCUAGUGGAGCAAAUACUUGCUAUGAAAAUUCGGUUACAAAUUGGGUACUUCACUUUCUGCAGACAAUCAGUUGUGUUUGAUUGCUGUCAUCUUUUUUCCCCUAAUCUGUAUUCAUUCAUAAACUUCCAUCUCAGCUUUUGUACUCUUAGUUUUAUGUGUGCAAAUGUUUUACAGGAUGGAAUAUUUUUUGUUUCUGAUUAAACUGCAAGUGACAAUUGAUCGGAAGUAGGAUGAGCAUUGACAAUAUUACUGAAGGAAAAAAUGUGCCUGUAUGAAUAGCCCUAAUUUGCUAGUGUAUAUUAAUGUGUUAACUAACACUAGCAUUUAGUGCUUGGUUUUAAUGGUACUAUAUUUGCAAGUACUCAUUACUUUGUUUUUUUCUUUUGGCGUGAAUGUCUGUUAUUGAUGUUCUUGCUAGCCUUUCUUUGAAUAUAGUGGAGAUGACAUGGAGGGCAGUACUAAUAGUUGUUUUUUUAGGGUAAAUACAGAGAAUUUUGUAUGUGCUUUUUCCUAUUUUUGAAGUAAAGCAUUAAUGUGCUAUUCAAAAAUAAUGAAUUCAUGCUUAGUAACACAAUGAAACCCGCUAACUAUUACACAUUUCUGUUUCCUUGAAACGGCAAUAAUCUCUUGACUUCUCAGCAAUUACAUGCUGAAGGCUCUUUCUAGACCUUGCGUUAUUUGGAAAUUGUUGUGAAAUAAGAUUCAGUUGGAAAAAGAACACA